GUGGUUUAUACCCUAACUCUCACCAACCGCUUGUCUUUUACCGUUCACCCUCAGGUGCUGAUACCUAUCGUCGUUUUGUUUUGACAAUCAAACAUGUUUGAUUUUUCCGAGGGAUCGCCCAUCAGCGAGAAGAAACCUUUGAAGAUUGGGGUGAACAGAUCACGAUCAAGGAAGACUCAAAAGGUGAUCGCAGUGGUGAUACUCGUUAUCUUUCUGAUUGUAGCAUUGGCUGUUGCUGUUACAGUGUUUUAUGCAGAGGAAAAGGUUGAGUCUAGGGAUGCGGUAACUGUUGAGGUAGGGAGGUGGAGUGCUGUAACACAGAGUCCUUCCAUUGGGAAUAUGGAGGAGGAUCAGAGGCAUGGUGAUAUGGAGAAUGAGGAGGAGAAUGAGGGGGAGAAUGGUGGGGAGAAUAAGAAAGAGAAUGAGGAGAAGGACAAUAAGGAGGAGAAUGAAGGGGAGGAUGAGGAGGAAAAUGAGGAGAAGAGUGAUGAGGAGAAUAAGGAGGAGAAUCAGACGCGGAAUGAGGAGGAGAAUAAAGAGGAGAAUAAGGGGGAAAAUGAGGAGAAGAGUGAUGAGGAGAAUAAGGAGGAGAAUCAUACGCGGAAUGAGGAGGAGAAUAAGAAGGAGAAUGUCGAGAAGGAGAAUAAGGAUAAGAAUGAGGGAAAGAAUGAGGAGGAGAAUAGGGAGGAGGAUAAGGAGAAGAAUGAGAAGGAGAAUGAUAAGAAUAAGAAAGAUGAGAAUGAGACACAGAAUGAGAAGGAGCAUGAGAAUAAGACGCAGAAUGAGGAGGAGAAUAAGACGCAGAAUGAGGAGGAGAAUGAGAAGGAGAAUAAUAAGGAUAAUGAGAAUGAUGAGAAGAUUACGAAUGAUGAGAAUGAGAAGGAUAAUGAGAAUGAGGAGGAGAAUGAGAAUGAGAAGCAGAAUGAGGAGAAUGAGGAGGAGAAUGAGAAGGAGAAUGAGGAGGACAAUAAGGAGGAGAAUGAGGAGGAGAAUAAGGAGGAAAAUGAGGAGAAGAGUGACGAGGAGAAUGAGAAGGAGAAUGGGGAGGAGAAUAAGGAAGAGAAUGAGACGCCGAAUGAGGAGGAUAAUGAGAAGGAAAAUGAGACGCAGAAUAAGGAGGAGAAUGAGGAGGAGAAUAAGGAGGAAAAUGAGACGCAGAAUAAGGAGAAUAAGGAGGAAAAUGAGAAGAAGAGUGACGAGAAGAAUGACAAGGAGAAGAAAAACGAAGCAGAUGUUAUUGAAGCAACUGACACAUCACCAGAGGACGAGAUGCAGGAGGGAGACGAGGACAAAGAGAAGAUUAUAGAUCAAGAAAAGAGUGAUGAGGAAACGGCAAGUGUGACGGAGGAACCCACAAACACGGACAGUAAAGAAUGUGUAAAUGUUCCCUACCAGUUCAUGGAAAGCUGUUUAAAGUUGCAGAAGAAAUGUAACGAGACAAAAGAGGUGAAAAUCUGCUGCAGAACAGUCUACUGUUUCGCCCUCAAGAGAGGAGACGAUCUUAUAUCGUCCCCUUGA